AUGGAGAUGCGCAUUGUUGUCUGUGUAAAUUGGGACAUUCUCUGCAGCAAGAUGAUUGGUUGUGGUACGAGGAGGGGCAAACUCUACUACCUGGACUUUGCGUCUAAUAGUGAAGCCAAAGUCGGUCAAGCUUUCAAGAUUGGGGGUGCAAGUGUUGAGAAACGAACUGACGACAUCUAG